UAUUUUUCAGUCUCCGCAUAAAUAAUCCAGAAAAAGAUAAACUUUUCUCCAUCUUAGCUGCUGAUAUCAAAAAAAUGGGCAAGAAGAAAAUGAAGCUUCCUUUUCCCUUCAAAUCCAAAGAAAAAGUAAUAGCGUCUACUUCAUGGGCAUGGCCAACUUGCGGAAAUCCUAAAACCCUUUCUUUUCGGGCCAAGAAUGAGGAUGGCUGUGGUGCCAGUAUCUUUUUCAAGACCAUGAAUUCUGCUUAUGUGGACGCGAGCAACCUGGAACUGAUGGAAAUCCCAGAUUUGUACAAGUCCUACGAAUGCGAAAGCUUUUCAUCAGUGCUUUGCGAAGAGGAGUCCGUGGAGACGGUGAUACGAGGUCUAAGGUCGGAAAGGCUGUUUUUUGAGGCGGAAGAGACGAGUUCGAUACUGGAGAAGGCCAAAAUGGAUGGGUUUCCAUUCAAAGAAAGUCUGGUAAUGGCGGUGGACUCGAGAGACCCUUUUGCGGAUUUCAGGAGAUCGAUGGAGGAAAUGGUGGAGGCUCAUGGGUUGAAGGAUUGGGAGAGUCUGGAAGACCUUUUGACUUGUUAUCUCAGGGUCAAUGGGAAAAGCAAUCAUGGAUAUAUAGUUGGAGCGUUUGUUGACUUGUUGGUUGCCCUUGCUUUUGCUGCUUCUUCUCCUUCUCCUGCUUCUUCUGCUGAUCCUCAUGGUGUUUCAACUUCUUCAGAUCAUAAUUACCAUUGUUCUUCUUCUAUGACUCAUUCUUUCACCUCUCCUUUCUCUCUUUCGUCAACUACCACCUCCACUAGCCCUUCUUUAUCUUUAGUAGAAGUAGAAGAUGAGAUUGAAAAAAGUAUAGACAAUGCUUCAUCUUCAGAUGCAUGAAACUUUAGGCUUGCUAACAAUGCUCCAAAGUAUAUGUAUAUGUAUACCGUUAGAUUCAGAAAUGAAAAUGAAACUUUAGUUUUUUUUUCCCUUUUC